AUGGCUCUUCGGGGCGCUGGGGUCCUAUAUAGACGUGAUACUGCCUCCUCAUUCUUGGAGCUUUCUUUCCCUUCCUUCUCUACGCACGCAGGCUUGCUAGUCUUCCCUCUUUCUUUCGGACAUUCACUUCAAUACCGGUCUGUGACCGUCGCAUUCUUUACUUCCAACCAACUAUCGCUCUUUCUCGGUAUACUGGUAUACCUGCCAAUCACUCACUCUAUCUAUCUUUCUCUCGCUCAAUCAGCCAAUCGAUCAACCAGCCCAAUCUUCAAAAUGAAGCAAGCUACUUCCAUCCUCGCCGCCGCCGGCCUCUUCUCCCUCGCCAACGCCCACGGCUACAUCACCUCCCCCUCCCCUCGUCUCCCCGGUGACGCCAUGGCCGCCGCGUGCGGUCAGCAAGUCUACAACAACCAGGCCGCCGACCGCGCCGGUAACGUCCAGGGCGAGCUCCAGGUCGCCUCCGGCCAAUCCGACUACGACGCCGAUGCCUGUGGUAUCUGGCUCUGCAAGGGUUACCAGUUCGCCGACAACACCGACAAUGUGCAGUCCUACACUGCCGGCCAGGUCGUCGACUUCGUGGUCGACAUUGUCGCUCCUCACACCGGUGUCGCCAACGUCUCCAUUGUCGACACGGCCACCAACACCGCCAUCGGCUCCCCGCUCAUCGAAUGGACUGAGGACUACGCCUCUACCGCGACCGGCGUCAGCGAGGACGAGACAAACUUCUCCAUCACCAUCCCUGACGACCUGGGUUCCAAGUGUUCCGAGGCCGGUGCCUGUGUUAUCCAGUGGUAUUGGUUCGCCGAGAGCAUCGACCAGACCUACGAGUCCUGCGUUGACUUCACUGUCGGUGGCUCUGGCUCUGGUGGCGAGUCGCCCUCUGAGCCUGCCGAGUCGAGCUCUGCUGCUCCUACCUCUACCUCCUCUGCGGCCCCUACCUCGACUGCCAGCGUGACCGCCACCACGACUACCACCGCGGCUCCCACGACCACCGCCGUCCCCACGACCCUGACCACCUCCGUCCGCCCAACCUCUACCACGACCGAAGGCUCCAAGGAGACCUCCACCACCGUCCCUUCUUCCGCCCCUACAUCGACCGGAAUCUCAAUCCCCAAGGACGGCACUGCCGAGGAGCAGCUGAGCUUCAUUUCCAGCCUGCUCAAGGCCCUUCUCGCUUACGAGUAA